AGGAAGCGAAGAAAAGGCCUUAUUUCCUUGACUCCGUCGCUUUGUUUCCCACUCCGGUAAAUGGCAACGGCCGAUCUGAAGCUGAAGACGGCAGAAGCGGAGCAAGUGGUAGGGAAGGAGGAGGCUGAGAAGGCGGACAAUAAAGAUGCCGCCAACGAUACUGAGACCGAGGCAAAGAAAGAUUCCACGGAGGCGGAGACUGGAGAAGGAAAUUGCCCCAUCCGGGUCUAUGCCGAUGGAAUCUACGAUCUCUUCCACUUCGGCCACGCCAGAUCUCUGGAACAGGCGAAGAAAGCGUUUCCCAACACAUAUCUUCUUGUGGGUUGCUGUAAUGACGAAGUGACGCACAAAUACAAAGGGAAGACUGUCAUGACGGAAGACGAACGUUAUGAGUCACUGCGUCACUGCAAAUGGGUGGAUGAAGUUAUACCUGAUGCACCUUGGGUAAUCACUCAGGAGUUCCUCGACAAGCACAAGAUAGAUUUUGUGGCACAUGAUUCUCUCCCAUAUGCCGAUGCUAGUGGAGCUGGCAAUGAUGUCUAUGAAUUUGUAAGCAUUAAACAAUUCUGUGAUCUUACCAGUAACUAUUUUCUGUGUUUCUCAUCUUGUUUACUACUCAUUAACACAUUGUACCAGGUUAAAGUUGUUGGAAAGUUCAAAGAAACAAAGCGGACAGAAGGAAUUUCUACCUCUGAUCUUAUAAUGAGGAUAGUUAAAGAUUACAACAAGUAUGUGAUGCGUAACUUGGCCAGGGGAUAUACCAGGAAGGAUCUAGGUGUCAGCUAUAUGAAGGAAAAACAUUUGAGGGUGAAUAUGGAAUUCGAGAAGAUCUAUGACAAAGUCAAAGAGAAACAAGAAAAAGUGGGAAAGAAGUUAAGUGUGCUUCAUGAUGAGUGGGUGGAGAAUGCUGAUCGCUGGGUCGUAGGUUUUCUCGAGAAGUUUGAAGAAGGUUGUCAUCAGAUGGGAGCUGUCAUCAGGGAGCGAAUUCAGGAGAGCCUCUUGAAAGGGCAGAAAGAACUAGGCAUUUUGUACGACGACAGUGACGACAGUGACGAUGAAGAUGAGGAGGAAGAAGAGAGAACAAAUUUUUAGCUGAUGUAUUCUCUGAAUCCAACAUUAUCUGGUCUUCUGUUUUAUUCUACCAAAGUUUGGCAUGGUGCACAGUUGAUGUCUCAUCCAUAAGCUUCACCGGUCAGU